AUGGCUUCUCAGAACUCAUCAUUGGAAUCUGGCAGCGAUGUCGAGGUCGAAAGACGCGACUACCCAACAAAAUGGUAUCGAAGCACGUUCUUCAACAUGACCAUCCUCGGGCUUUGCAACUUCUCUGCUCCGGGCAUUUGGGGCGCGAUGAACUCCCUCGGCGCUGGAGGAGCACAAUCGCCCCAUCUCGUCAACGCUGGAAAUGCUCUGACUUUCUGCUUGAUGGUGGUCAGCUGCUACUUCAGCAGUGUCAUCGUGCACUACAUUGGGAUCAAAGGGGCGCUGAUCUUUGGAACUCUUGGAUACGCACCAUACGCAGCAGCUUUGUACACGAAUAACCGCUUUGGAACAGAGUGGUUCAUAUAUCUCGGAAGCGCACUGUGUGGUAUCUCCGCAGGUGUAUUCUGGAUGGCUGAAGCGGCCCUAGCGCUUGCAUACCCCGAACCCUGGAACAAAGGCAAAGCGCUUGGCUACUGGCUCACCUUCCGUCUGGGUGGUCAGAUCCUCGGCGGCGCAAUCAACCUUGGUCUCAACGCAGACCGCGAUCAAGCCGGCAGCGUGUCGUACACAGUGUACCUUGUCUUCAUCGCCUUGCAGUGCGUCGGGCCCUUUGUGGCUCUCUUCCUGACCAAGCCCAACGAUGUCCAGCGCAAGGACGGCAAGAAAGUCGACCUGGCUAUUCUCAACAACCCCUGGUUCGAGAUCAAGGCCACGACCAGGCUGUUUUUCACGAGGAGAUAUCUUCUCACUGUGCUCUGGAUCGGACAGGCAGUCUUCUCGGAGGCCGUCUACUUCACCUAUCUAGCUUUGUGGUUCUCCGUCCGCUCUCGAGCUCUGGGCUCUUUCUUGUCUGGCAUCGUAGCCGUCAUUUGCGGCAACCUUCUCGGGGCUUAUCUGGACCGGACAUCCAUCUCCCUACGCUUCCGUGCCCGCAGCACAUUCUUUUCCAUCGCCGUGCUGCAGGGCGCAUGGUGGUUGUGGGCGACCGUCCUGGCGACUGAGUUCCGGUCUACACAGCCCACAUACGACUGGUCAUCUUCCGGCUUUGGUCGCGGCUUUGCCGUCUUCAUCUUCCUGACCGUCGGGUUUCAGCUCAACUACCUCUUCCUCUACUUCUUCAUCGGGCAGCUCGCGGAGAACGAGCCAGAAGUCAUUCGCUACGCUGCGCUGCUAAGAGGCACCGAGUCUGCCUGGCAGGCGAUCAGCUAUGGGAUCACGUCCGUCACCGUCUUUGCCGAAGUCGGCGCGAUAUACUGGAAUUUCGCGCUUUGGGCUGUUGCCAUCUGGCCAGCCUGGCUGGUGCUCAGGGAGUUUGGCGAGAAGAAGACAUUCGAAGAUGCGAUCGAUUCCAAGGGGACGGUACCGGUCGAGACGGCUGUCGUUGAGUCGAAGCACGGAGGUACAGACCUGCGUUGA